AUGUUAUCUGAGCAAACUGUGGACGUCUAUUUCUGGUUGAAUGCGGCAUCUCAAUUUGCUUAUCCGUCUGCCCAGCUCCCUGACUGCCAAUCCCCAAAGUUGCACUGGUUUAUUCGGAACGGACAUAACUCACUGACAGCGUCCUUGCUUGAUUGCCGAAACUACCCACCCCCCACUCUUCUCAUCGCGAUCCUUUUUCCUCCGGUUAGCGGUAGAUCCUUGAUCCAGGCUUCUCAUUUUCGCUGGUCUUGCUCUAUUAUUGUUUUAUCCGAGUAUGCUUACGCAAUUUUUCUCCCCAAGGAUGUCGAUGGCCUCCUUAAUCUUCAGCUUCCUUGUGGUGUCACCGAAUGGGGCCCUUCUUUCUGUUGCCUUCCAAUUGAUCUCGUGUCCAGUCUGCGCGAUGUGGUCCGCUAUUUCUGA